UCUUUUGCAGAAUUGGCAUGCAGUAAAUUGAUGUGCUCCAACCUGAAAGUGAAGCCUGAGUUCCAUGCUCCAGAAAAUGGGGGCCAAGAGUGACUCCUCUGCCAUGGCAUCAAGUGGCGAAGUAAGCCGGCGAUCAACACCAGCGCUCUGCGGAUCUAGCGACUCUCGUGCUGGGGUAGGCAACGGAAUACGUGUUACGAUGACAGACUGGUGGUUCUUCACGAAAGAACGACGUCCGCUCGUCGACCUCCUAUGUAUGCUGUACGGCCUGAGUUCGUGGCUUGCUAUCACGGGACUGUGGAUGGAGCUGCCGCUACUGGUACAUGCUCUACCGGAAGGAUGGGCACUGUCCGCCUCUCUCAGCCUGGCCAUCCAGCUCGGCAACGUGGGCCCGCUUCUCUACGGACUCGGUCGGUUCUUCUGGGCGCGCGUCUGGACGGGUCCGCGAGGCCUCAGCGUGGCCAACCACGCCCAGCUCUGCAUCGGGCUCGCCGCCUGCGUAGUGCUGGUUUGUGCCUGGAAGGUGACCGCCCUCGUACAGGGCAGAGAGACCAGCCUGGUACUCCUCGUCGCGGCGUUUGCGCUUUCCAUCGUGGAUUGCACGUCCUCCGUGGUGUACUUACCCUUUGUAGGCCGCUUCCGGGAGGUGUACAUGACCUCGUACUUGGUUGGCGAGGGGCUGGGAGGCGUCGUGCCUAGCCUGGUGGCAUUGGCUCAGGGACUGGAUGAACCGGAAUGUGUCAACGAAACCAGGACGUCUGCGAAUAAAGUUGCAGUGAACUCCUCUGAGCGGGAAGACCAUGUGGUUGCGGUGCUCCGAGUGGGGGCCACCAACUUCGACCCGGAGGUUUUCUUUGGCGUGCUGCUGCUGUUGGUGGUGCUCAGUUACGCGGCCUUUGUUCUGCUCGAUAACUGCAAGUCAUUUCAGACGGAAUGGCAGGAAGAUUUUCGGCGAGACGUAAAGCACCGCCGUCAAUUGCUUCCUGAAGUGCCGGAAGCCAUGCACCUGGAUACUCUUCCAAUAGGUCAAGAAAAGGACAAGAUGCUGUGCAAGAGAUACACGGAACCACCGCUUACCCAAUACGACACCGAAGUAACCUUCAAACACAGCAACUCGAAGAAGCGAUACUACAUGACGCUGUUAGCGAUACAGACAUGGGCCAGUCUGCUCACGUUUGGGUUCCUGCCGGCGAUACAGUCGUAUUCGUGCUUGCCGUAUGGACCCCGUGCCCUGCAUCUCUCCGUCACCCUUUGCGGCGUCGCCUACCCCGUCGCAUGUGCACUGGCCAUGUUUGUCGCAUUGCGCCGGAUGUGGAAUCUGUGGGCGCAGACGCUGGUGGGUACGUUAGGUGCCAUCUACAUCACGCUGACCGCAGCCACCAGCCCCAACUCGCCGCUUGUGGACACCGACGCUGGAGCAUUCCUAGUGGUUUGUUGCUGGGUGUGCACUUUCCUGGUCCUGAGCUACGCCAAGACCAUGGUCACACUAAUACUCACCAGCCACGGCGAAAAUGCGCUGUUCUGGGUGGGCGCCUGCACGCAGCUUGGUGCUCUGCUUGGGAGUCUGGUACCUUACAUUCUCGUCAACAUGGAGGUAUUCACCGAGCGAGAUCACUGCGCCUUGGCAAACUAUUGACACGAACACACACAAAAAAACGAACAUUCAAGGCGUCCGUGAGCUUAGAGAAGCCUGGUAUGAUAGCGAGCACGAGCUACGAUCAACUGUUCAAGAAAUCGGUAAGAAAAUGGCACUACAGAACUGCGCGGAAAGGACAUCCGAGAUUAAGCAAGGCUGCAAAUCAUCAUUCAUCUAGGAAACAGUAAAGGUGGUAUGGAAGGGUGUCUAGACAUCACCGUCGUCCUCGUCAUCGUCAAGGAUCAUCUCUCUGAGGACACAAAGCGUUGCCGAAACAGACAGAGAAGAGGAUAGCAACAUCGGACGCAGAUUGAACAUUACCGGGACUUACGAACUCGCGUGAGUGACUUCACGAAUACCCUCAGUGCCAGGUCUUGAUGGCUGUGAGGGUGAUAGAAAGAGAUACAUUGGCGAAGUUUGCUGUCGCUUCAACAAGAUUAGAGACGCCGGUAAUUCAGCGGAGUAAAAAGCGUUAUUCGGCGUUGUAGUUCCAGCGCAGCCCGACGUCAGCAUUCCGCCUCAGGAGUAAUAAAUAUUUCAGCCCCCAAAACACA